ACGUGCGAGGGCGCAACAAAAUGGCAAGCGAAAACGCUAAUGGCACCCGAUGCGCAAAGUCCCCAAGUGUGAUUGCUUUUGGACACCAAAAUAUUCUGCACUCAAUCAAACAUGCACGCAAUCAAAUACCGAUCUAUCUACCUUUCAACUCCUUAUACUCUGCCUUUGUCUUUGACUUGCGACUAAAUCGGUAUCGGUAAAAUCGGACAUGUAAUCGAAAGACCAUUUCGAUAUCCGAGAUCCUCGAGAUCCUCUUCAAGACCCUAAAUAUUCAUCUAACAAAGCAACAAUCGGGGUCCUGUGUGUGUGUCCGAUCCCACACCGAG